AUGGAUCUUACUGACGCUAUCAUAUUCUUGUUUGCUCUCUACUUUAUCAACCUAUGGUGGCGCCGUUUCUCCCCCGCCGGAAGCAGCCAAUGUCGCCUGAACAUUCCCCCCGGACCAAAAGGAUGGCCACUAGUGGGAAACCUACUCCAAGUCAUAUCCCAACGUCGCCAUUUCGUCUUCCAAAUGCGUGACCUACGUAAGAAGUACGGUCCAAUAUUCACCAUGCAAAUGGGACAACGUACGAUGAUUAUUGUCACGGACGAGAAGCUCAUCCACGAGGCACUAGUCCAACGCGGCCCUACUUUCGCCUCACGACCUCCGGACUCGCCGAUCCGGCUCAUGUUUAGCGUCGGGAAAUGCGCUAUAAACUCAUCGGAGUAUGGAUCUUUGUGGCGGACUCUGAGGAAGAACUUCGUGACGGAGCUAGUGACCGCGGUGAGAGUGAAGCAGUGCUCGUGGAUAAGGACUUGGGCUAUGGCGAACCACAUGAAGAGGAUCAAAACGCAGAACGUUGAGCAAGGUUACGUCGAGGUUAUGAAUCAGUGCAGGCUGACGAUUUGUAGCAUCUUGAUCUGUCUUUGUUUCGGCGCCAAGAUCAGCGAGGAAAAGAUUAAGAACAUUGAGAAUGUUCUCAAGGACGUUAUGCUCAUGACUUCUCCGACUCUACCGGACUUUUUGCCGGUUCUCACUCCGUUGUUUCGUCGUCAACUUAGAGAAGCGAGAGAGCUGAGGAAGACGCAGCUCGAGUGUCUAGUACCGUUGAUAAGAAACCGACGUGCGUUCGUUAACGCAAAGGAGAGCCCUAACGAAGAGAUGGUGAGUCCGAUUGGUGCGGCUUAUGUGGAUUCGUUGUUUGGUUUGAAUCUGAUCGAGAGAGGCGGUGAGCUCGGAGAUGAAGAGAUUGUGACUCUGUGUUCGGAGAUUGUCUCCGCCGGUACGGACACGAGCGCGACUACACUUGAAUGGGCUUUACUUCAUCUAGUGACCGACCAAAACAUUCAAGAGAAGCUGUACAAUGAAGUUGUUGGAGUUGUGGGCAAAAGCGGCGUCGUUGAAGAGGAUGACGUGGUGAACAUGCCGUAUCUGGAGGCUAUUGUGAAAGAGACUCUCCGGCGACAUCCUCCGUCGCAUUUUCUUCUCUCUCACGCCGCCGUGAAAGAUACGGAGCUAGGAGGGUAUGAUAUUCCAGCAGGGGCAUAUGUGGAAUUUUACACGGCGUGGGUAACUGAGAACCCGGAGAUCUGGUCGGAUCCGGGUAAGUAUCGACCCGAGAGGUUUUUGACCGGUGGGGACGGUGAUGAUGCUGAUUGGACGGGGACACGUGGCGUUAAAAUGUUGCCAUUUGGUGCGGGUCGUCGGAUCUGCCCGGCUUGGUCUUUGGGGGUUCAUCACAUCAAUCUGAUGCUUGCUAGGAUGAUCCAGUCGUUUAAAUGGAUCCCGGUGCCGGACUCUCCACCCGACCCGACUGAGACUUACGCGUUUACCGUCGUGAUGAAAAAUUCUCUCAAAGCCCGGAUCCUGUCAAGGACUUGA